UUACAGAUGCAUGAAGGAGGAUAUGAUCAAAAAAUGAACGAAACAGUUAGUGUGGUGACAGCAAAGACCACUGAAAUUGGGCAGAAGACAUGGGGAAUCAUGAAAGGGGUCAUGGCAAUGGCUUCACAGAAGGUCGAGGAAUUCACAAAGGAAGGGAGCAACUGGAAAGCUGAUGAUAGACAGCAGACUAAUGGCCUGAAGAAUGCCUAUUAUCAUGACUUUGGAGGGAAGGGCAGUGGUGGCUUGCCCAACGAACAUUCAAGGGGACAAUACAAUUCUACGAGCACGUGGGAUGACUGGGACGAGAAGGAUAGGAAAGGCGGGCCUGGGAAGAGUCGUCAAAAUGGCGAUGAUUGGGCUGGGUGGGACGAUGUGAAGGAUGAGGACUCUGACGAAGAUGAUAAGCACCGCCACAGCUCGUCGGGAAAGGGCGUUAAAUCUGGUUCUCGGUGGAGUGAUGGUGGUUUCCAUUAGUACUCUUUGCUUCUCUUUCCAGGCUUUUUUGUUUCUUAAUAUAAAGAUCUGUGAGAAAAGGAUUGGGGACCUCUAGACCAAUAAAUAUUAUUGUAUAUGAAACUUGGUCUUGUAUUUUGUUUCCUGAUUCCUUGACCCCCUUGUUUUUAAUGUUUUGAUACCUGAACGUGUCCGUGCUGAAAGGCUAGUUGGUGCUUAAUAUUUAUGAUGAUAAAAUUGUAAUUUUGGAUUUUUUGAAUUUGACAUGUGUGGGUUACCGUUUGCUUA